GGGCGGCUGCCGGAGUCGAGGACCGCGCUGCGCAGCCCUCCGGAGCGGCAGGGGGCGCUGCUCAAGGCCUCCCGCCGGUUUCCGGGGAGGCGGUAACGCGCGCGGGGGACGGAGAGAGCCGCAGCCGCCGAAAUGAUGGAGGAUGAUUUAGACAAAUUCAUUGAAGAUCAGAAGGCCAAGUUGGCACAAGAUAAGGCAGAAUUUGAAAAUGAUCCACCUUACAUGGAAAUAAGGAAUAAGGAAUCAGAGAGGCUUUCUGAGACUAGCAAAAUGCUAAUCUCCAUGGCUAAGGAAAAUAUACCUCCAAAUAGUCAACAGAACUAUCCUUUAGGUGACUAUGGCUUGAGUUUACCUCUUGGAGAAGAAUAUGAACGAAAAAAACAUAAACUUAAGGAGGAACUUCGACAAGAUUAUAGGCGGUAUCUUUCUCAGGGUAUUUCACAGGCAAAAAGAAAGAAAAAUUAUCUGACUACGGGUGAAGUAGACCUAUAUACUCAGGGAUUAUCUCUUCCUAUUGAUGAGCGAAGGUCUGCUAAGGAGAAACUACGACUUGAAAGAAACAAGGAGUACAAUCAAUAUCUCAGGGAAAAAGAAGAAUGGAAUGAAAAGCUAAGGAAAUUAGGGAAGAAAAAUACAGAGAAUGAGAUGGACAGGAAUAAAAAUCCUGUUACUGUUUCUGGGCUCCAGCUGGAACUACAGCCCUGUAAUACAGGUGCAGAACCUCCCAAGAAAGAUGCCUUUACUUCCACAGAAGGUCAUGAAGAGUGGCUAAAUAAGAGGAGGCUGGAGGAAAAUCGGUUUCGUAGGCUAGACGAUGAAUUUGAAUUAAGAAGUCGAUUAUUAAAUAGAAGACUGGAUGAAGAUUUGGAUGUUCCUGGUCAAAGACAUCGUGGAUUUGCUAGCCAAUCUGUAAUCCCAAUCAGGAAGCAUCACAGACAUGAAGAUGAUCAUGGUUUUGGGAGAAGAUACUACAGAAUGGACUAUGAUCCUGAGAUAAGUGAAGAAAUGGACCCUAGAUUUAGAUGUGAAAGCACUUAUGACAGAAAAACUCCACGUGUUUUUUAUGCUGAAAGGCCUUACCCGGACAGAAUACCAAGAGAUCUACCUGCAGAUUAUGAAGACGAAUUAAAGGAGAGAGCACCUGUGCAGCAGACUUCAAGAACUGGAAAUUCUAGAAAUCAGGUACAGAUUAGUUCUUCAGCUCAUGAACUGGCCAAGCCUGCAACUGAAAGGCCGUAUGCAACAGGCUUUGUUCUUGGUGGUCAGGACAGAGAACUCCUCCAAAGAAAAAAAGAGAAAUACAGGCAAGAACUAAUAGAACAGAUGGCUGAGCAACAGCGAAAUAAAAGACGUGAAAAGGAACUUGAACUCUCAGUUGCUGCUUCUGGAGCUCAAGAUCCAGAGAAGAAUCCAAAUAGAUUGAAGCAGUUUGGCUUGAUAGUGAGAACUUCUGAAGAGCAAGUACCUCCUGAAAGGCCUCGGGUGGCUUUCCAAACUCCAGUGCCUGUCCCUUCAGCCUCUCCAGUGAAUGAAGACUUCCACAGAGGACUGUCCAGCACUCUUGGAGAAAUAGCAGCUCCCAGGCUGGCACCAAUGCCACCCCCCCCACCACCAGUUUUGACAGACAACUAUAGAACACCUUAUGAUGAUGCAUAUUACUUCUAUGGGGUUAGGAAUCCUUUGGAUCCAAAUCUUGCUUAUUGUGGUGCAGGUGUGAUGGGAAUGCAACCCACACCUAAUCUGGAUACUCCUUUAGGCCAAGCCCCGGUGCAGCAGUCUGUAAGUAACACUGGACAGAGGAAUACAGGUGACAGACAAAGGAAUAUAGGGGUGUUUUCUGAAGAAAAAACAAAGCCUUCCAGAGAGGCAACAUUGUCUUACCAACAAGAAUUACAACAGCAGAUAAGAGAGAGAGAGGAGCGGCGCAGACAAGAAAGAGAGGAGAAGGAACGUUAUGAAGCCAAGUUAGAAGCAGAAAUGAAGAAUUACAACCCCUGGGGAAAAGGUGGUGGUGGUGCUCCUCUCAGAGAUGCAAAAGGAAAUCUUCUAACGGACUUGAAUAUGAUGCACAAGCAAAAUGAAGAUGCAUAUCAUAAUCCAAAGGCAAGACUAUAUGAAGAUAAAAGGGCUAUUGUAUCUGUUGACCUAAGUUUGGCUUCCCCAAGACCCGAGAACACAGAAGCAUCUACAAAUAAAAUAGCAGGUUUUUCAUUUGCACAGACCUCUCCUUUUGCUCGGGGUAAUGUGUUUGGUGAUCCACCAUCUCCACAGCAUCUCAAGCGACAGGAGUCGUACAAGAACUUUCUUCGUCUCCAGAUUGAGGAAAAGAGACGCAGGGAAGCAGAAGAGAGGGAAAAGCUUAGAAUGGAAGAAGAAAAAGAAGAAAAACGACUGGCUGAAGAGAGGCUGAGAAUUCAAAAAGCAUAUGAAGAUGAACAAGAAGAGAAAAGAAAGAAAGAUGAGGAGCGGAGAUUGAAAAAUAAAGAAAUAAUUCGAUUAGAUGAGGAGAGGCAAAAAGAGGCAGAAAAAAGAAGAAAAGAAAAAGAAGAAAAGCAAGAUGAGCAACUUAGACAACAUUUUGAGAAAGAAAAGAUGGAAGAGGAGAAGAAAAUGUUCUCCAGGCAGCCUUCUCCCAUCAUUCCUGCUCUUCAGAACAAAUCAAUAAGAAAAGAAGAAAGGAUUCCCUCUGCUGAAAGCCUUGUGUCUCAUUAUGCACAGAAUCCUCCACGACCAAGGGUUCCUUCUCCACCUGUCCCUGCUAGAAGAAAUCAGUUGCGUGCAUUUGAGGAAAGAAAGAAUGUGAUAAAUGAGUUAUCAGAGAUGAGGAAACAGCUCCGAAGUGAAGAGAGGAGACUGCAAGAACAGCUGCUAAAUAUGGGCAGUGAUGAUGAGGUUCCAGUUACUCAUGGGAGGAGAGAGAAGAAUCCAAAGGACAUAUUUGACAUGGCCAGGCUUCGUCUGCAGGCCCCAGUGAGGAGACCUUCAUCAAAGGAGGCACAAGAUCCUGUCAAUAUACAGAAUAUCUGGGACUUCAAUGAACUGAAAUAUAAAGAUUCUGAAACACGGAUGGCUUUGAGGCACAUGUAUCCUGAUCCUCCAAAAGAUGACCAGACUCUAGAAAUUCAACAGCAGGCACUGUUAAGGGAGCAGCAGAGGAGACUUGAUAGAUUGAGAAUGAGGAGAGAAACAGAAGAUGAUUCUGCUGCUGUCUUUAACUCACCAACAAUGGGGCUGUUCAGGAAUGAAUCUAAUGAAUUCUUGAAAAAUUCCCUGUUGGAAUCGGAUAGUGCUUUUAUCGGUGCUAAUGGGGAAACAUUUCCUGCCUUAGAAGAUAAUUUAUCACCACAGCUUCCUCCUUCUGCAAGGGAGAGGAGACGACUGAAGCAGAAGGCUUUGGAGUUUGCUGAGGAUGUCCAAUCCCCACUGCUGCAGCCUGACAGCUUUUCUGUGCACUCCAGCUUCAGCCUCGAUGUUGAUCAGCUGAAAGGAAAAAAUGCAGAACGAUUGUGCAGGCUGACUGAGCUCCAGCAGAAAUCUGCUUGCUUAGGUGAUAGCAUCUCCCUGGGAGACGCAGAUGACCUCUUGAAGCGGGCUCCACCCGGUGCCAGCAGGCGGCCCGGUUCUGUGGACUCGGUGGCGACAGAGCCCUGGCUGCGACCCGGAACUUCAGAGACGCUUCAGCGCCUCCUGGCUGCCCCCGAUAGCCCCCCAAAACUCCCCCCCGAACCCGGGGUGCCCUUCAGCUGGCAGGGCCUCUCCACUGCCCACGGCUGACAGGGACCCCCGGGUGGGAACCAGCUGUGCCUCGGGCAGGGCUGGGGCUGUUCUGCACUACAGCACUUUCCAGGGAUGGUUCUUUCUUUCCCGUGUACCCGGCGUGGGAGCCCCGUGUGUCUUUUAAAAUAGCAAUAAUAAAGUAACAGAAGCUGCAGAAGGUGUAGGACAGGGAUGUUUUAUAUGAGGUGAGAGGGGAAGGGAAGGGAGAGCUUGGCAGAUUUGCACUUUUGAUACAAUUUAAGGUUCAGCCUCAAGAGCUGGGCUUGCCACAAAAUUAAGUGGCUGUGUGAAAUCUAUAUUAAAUCACAAUUAAUUUUUAGCUUUGUUUAUAGGCAAACUCCAAACCUGUCUGGAGAUAGAGUAACCCAAGAGCUGAGGUGCAUUUUAAGCUUUUUACCAAAAGAGUAAAUAACUUGGAGAGGGGCAUUUGCUUUUCCUAGAGUGAUGAGUGCUACCCUGCAUGAAAGCUCAGCAAAGAGUUUCAUGGAAAAAAGACUAUUAGCAAUUUAUCUUAAAGAUCUCUAGCCUGUUAUGUGCUGGAUAUACAGAUAUUGUUGCA